UCCGCCGCCCGCAGCCAGGAGCGGCUCUUCCGCGGACCCCGUUGCUCGGCGCUUGCCUCGCCCCUUCCUUCUCCUCCCCGCCCCUUCUCUCCCCUCCCCCCCGCUGCCAGCCGGAGCGGAGCCCGGGCGGCUCAUUGCGGAGUGAAGCUGCAGCCGCGAUGGCCACUACCGUGACCUGCACCCGCUUCACCGACGAGUAUCAGCUUUACGAGGAAAUUGGCAAGGGGGCUUUUUCCGUGGUGCGACGCUGUGUCAAACUCUGCACUGGACAUGAAUAUGCCGCCAAGAUUAUCAACACCAAGAAGCUCUCAGCAAGAGAUCACCAGAAGUUGGAGCGAGAAGCUCGCAUCUGCCGUCUCCUGAAGCAUUCCAACAUUGUUCGCCUCCAUGACAGCAUAUCCGAGGAAGGUUUCCACUACCUCGUCUUUGAUCUGGUCACGGGCGGCGAGCUCUUCGAAGACAUUGUUGCCAGAGAAUACUACAGUGAAGCUGAUGCAAGUCACUGUAUCCAUCAGAUAUUAGAAAGCGUAACUUACAUUCACCACUAUGCCAUUGUGCACAGGGAUUUGAAGCCGGAGAACCUGCUUCUGGCCAGCAAAUGCAAAGGAGCAGCGGUGAAAUUGGCAGAUUUUGGCUUGGCAAUUGAGGUGCAAGGAGACCAGCAGGCCUGGUUUGGCUUUGCAGGUACUCCUGGCUAUCUUUCUCCAGAGGUUCUACGCAAAGAAGCUUAUGGGAAACCUGUGGAUAUCUGGGCAUGCGGUGUUAUUCUUUACAUCUUACUCGUGGGGUAUCCUCCUUUUUGGGAUGAGGAUCAGCACAAGCUGUACCAACAGAUUAAGGCUGGUGCCUACGAUUUUCCUUCCCCUGAAUGGGACACAGUCACUCCUGAAGCAAAAAACCUCAUAAACCAGAUGUUAACCAUCAACCCUGCAAAGAGAAUCACAGCCCACGAAGCUCUGAAACAUCCAUGGGUCUGCCAACGUUCGACAGUGGCCUCAAUGAUGCACAGGCAGGAGACCGUAGAGUGUCUGAAAAAGUUCAAUGCAAGAAGGAAGCUCAAGGGUGCCAUUCUUACUACUAUGUUGGCAACAAGAAACUUUUCAGUGGGCAGACAGACCACCGCUCCUGCCACCAUGUCUGCAGCAGCAGCAGCCUCCGGUGCCACCAUUGGGUUGGUGGAGCAAGCAGCUAAAAGUUUACUGAAUAAGAAAGCGGACGGCGUGAAGCCUCAGACAAACAGCACCAAAGGCAGCGCCGGAGUUACCAGCCCAAAAGGGACCCUUCCUCCAGCCGCACUGGAACCUCAAACCACCGUUAUCCAUAACCCAGUGGACAGCAUUAAGGAAUCAUCCGACAGCACAAACACUACCAUAGAGGAUGAAGACACGAAAGUUAAAAGCACUGAUAAUGAGCUUGUAAAAAGUCUCGUGAAUUCAGGAUCUGCCCCUGAACUUCCUUCCAGCCUGCAGACAUCUGUCAUCUCAUCUGCUGCUGCUGCAAUCACGGCUGCUUCCUCCAAGCUCUCUGAUGUAUUAGGCCUGGUGAAAAAGGGAUCAGGUACAACCCCUGUGGCUGAAGACCCAACAAAUUCUUCACCCUGCAUAUUACCAGCUAUUGCAAGCUCUCUCCCUCCCCAGUCUGCCAAACUCUGUGAUGUGUUAGGCAUGGUGAAAAAGGGCUCUGCGCCCCCCGAAAGUGAAGAGCCAAAGACCUCCAGCCCCCUUUUUGGACCACCUUCUAUUGUCACCAAUCCUCUGUCUCCCUCGUCGCCAGCCUCCAAGUUGUCUGAUGUCCUAAGCAUGGUGAAAAGGGGUUCUGGAGCCCCAGAAGCUGAGGGGCCACAGCCUGCUGCCACCCAGUUUUUCCCAUUUCCACCCAUUGCUAGUCCUCUUCCUUCAGAUCCCCGCAAACAGGAAAUAAUCAAGAUAACGGAGCAGCUGAUAGAGGCUGUGAACAAUGGCGAUUUUGAGGCCUAUGCAAAAAUAUGUGAUCCAGGCCUAACUUCGUUUGAGCCUGAAGCGCUGGGCAAUCUCGUUGAAGGGAUGGACUUCCACAGAUUUUACUUUGAAAACUUGUUAUCUAAGAACAACAAGCCCAUUCACACAACCAUCCUGAACCCUCAUGUGCAUGUCAUUGGGGAAGAUGCUGCCUGCAUUGCCUACAUCCGCCUGACACAGUACAUCGAUGGGCAGGGCCGUCCCCGUACUUGCCAGUCCGAAGAGACCCGUGUCUGGCACCGCCGGGAUGGCAAAUGGCAAAAUGUCCACUUCCACUGCUCGGGAGCUCCAGUGGCUCCACUCCAGUGAAGAAUUCAUGCUGGCUGUUCUGAUUUCAUCCCGAAGGAAAUGGUGAUUUCAGCUGAGCCACUAGCCGGGAGCAGCAGUGACAAGCACGCGCCCGCAUGCUCGUGUCCCCCCCGUUCCCUCUCCUUCCCCUCUUUCAUUUCCAGUGCCUGUGUUUGCAAAGAGAGAGAGAGAGAGAGACAGAGAAACACAAAAGAAAAACAAAAAUCCAAGUAGACUCAAUUAUUUAAAAAAAAAAGAAGCAGCAGCAGCAGCAGCAAACCCAGCCAAAUCCAUCCAGCUGCCUGACUUGCAGCCCGACUGUAAUGCACUCACCAACCCUAUCAAUUCCAUUUUUCUUUUUUUCCUUUUGGUGUGCAGCUGUUCAGGUGACCAGAUUUUGCAGUGAAAAAUGUCUCAACUUCAAAAAAACAAAACAAAAAACAAAGAUCCCAUCUCCUCCCUGUAGCCAUCCCAGUGUUGAACAGUGUUUGUUUGUUUGUUUAGUGAAUACACAUCUAUACACACACACACACAUACACACUUAAUUUACCAGACCUUAGUUCAGCGGGCUUCAGAUGCAGUGGACAAAAUCUGUCCGUGCACUUUUUUGCAUCUGCUCCUUGGCCGUUUUGACAACACGUGUAAAAUACACAUUUGCCAUUUUACACAUGUAUUAAAACAAUUACUGCAUUUUGCAAUUUUUUUAGAUGUGAUGGACAUCCCUUCCCCCAUGAGUCUGUUAAAUCCAGGAUCUAUUGUAAAUAUAUAUAUAUACAUAUAACGCGCAUGUGUUUGUGUGCGUGCGUGCACACACACAUACACAAAGCCAAACCACAGAGCCCCCUUUUAUAGUAUUUGCCUUCUCUGCCAAAAGUACGGGCCUUUUUCCUCUGGUGAUUGUGUUCGCGCUUGGAAGUUUGUGAUCAGUGCUACCAUUUUGUUUUGAAGAAGACCCCUCCCCUCCAGGCCCCUUCAUUUCCUUUCUCCUCUAGCUGUAGUUGUGGAUUAUGAUGACGCUAAUUAUUCAGCCUCUUCAUUUGAUUUCUUUGUUUCCUUUGAAUAGAGGGAGUGGGGAUCCUAUUGGUGGCGGAGGGGUUUUGCUUUUUGGGCUCCUCCCAGGCUAACACCACUGCCAAUGAGUUUCUGGUAGGCUCAUGACUGCGUCCAUCCUGAUAGGUCUGUAGAUGACGUAUAGCAUUGCCUUGGAGUUACAUAUAGGCCUCGCUGCAGACUUUUGGAUACCUGCGUUCUCAUUAGCACUUAACAUUUUACUAGCAUCUCGAUCCUGAUCUCUCAACAAGGGCUACUAACACUGGAGUUGUACUUGUGCCCCUCCUGUAGUUUAUUAUUAGGAUGGGGAUUGCCCUUGCUUAGUGGGACUGGCUGGGAAGUUGUAAUGUCGCUUCAAAGAGCUAGCAAGAAAAAAGUCAACAGUGCUAAAUCUCAGCCUUAUCUAGUGCUGGGAAGCUAUCUGUCCAGCAGAACAAGGAAGAGAUGCUUUCUUAUACUCUGUAAAUGCUUAGCCCGCCUACCCCCUUUUCUCAUUCCUCUUUACCUUCCCUAGAGUAUGUUGACUUAAAAGGAAUAGGAAGUGACUAUUUUUGGGAGUGGGUGCCUGAAGUUCUUAGCCUAGAAGAAAGAGAGCUGGUCAACAUAAAGUUGCAUAGGCCAUUCAUUCAUCUCCAUUCUCUUUCUCUCUCUCUCUCUCUCUCUCUCUCUCCUCUGUGAAUUUACCUGCAAGGAGAGCUGAGUAACAGCAAACUUUGAGAAAAUUGCUCUUCAGGGAGCUCUAGAUUCAGGAACUGACUUAACGGGUGGCCCCAAGCAAGUGAAACCAAAGGGGGCAAUUCUCCCCAUGGACCAAGUUGUAACAAUGUAAUGGAAGGUGGCAUUGUGGGGUCUUUCAUUGGCCGAGGGUGGUGUGAAUGAUAUCAGAUGCUGUGGAGCAGUUGCUAGUGCCGGCUUCAGCUGUCCCAGGUCCCAGUGGAAGAUCUCAACAAAUGUCUUCUGCUCACUACAUCUUCAUGCCAGGAAACUCAUAUUGGCCAUAAGAAAUGUACAGUGUGGCAUUUGCCAGAAUGUAUUAAUAAGAAAACUCUGUUUUCUUCUAACGGGCUCUGCCCUCCCCAUUUUUAAAUAUUGACAAAGGAGAGACACCUUCCUCCUCCCCAGUGGCUUGCUCAGCACCCCAUCGCUUCAACUGGUUUCCUAGCAUGUGGUGGUUAAUUAAGUCCUUGUGACCACAGAGGCAAAUGAGUGAUUCCUCAUGGACCAUGACUAGAGGAAUAGAUUUGCAGGGCAUAAACCUCUAUUUCGACAAGUGGAAAUUCACAUUGUUGAUUCCUGCCGGGAAAGAUUUCAAGGCAAAGUUUAAUGAGGUGGUUGCUUUGAAGGGAGGGAUUUUUCUAGUAAUCUCUCUAGAGAGGGAGACAAGGGGAAAGUGGCUCAAGUUGAUUUCAGUGGGCUUUGCUUCUGAGAUGGUAUGUGGGUUGCGCACAGAGCAUCAGCUAAAUGGGAAAUCAAGUGGGUUAAUAUCAAGAACCCCAUAGUUAGAACUGGAUGAUGGUUUGGGGUCUUUUGAAAUCCUACUUUUCUUAGCCAUUUAAAGCUUGGAGGUUGUUUGACCAGUCCCAUGGACUUCUUGUUGACACUCCUUUUUCGUAGCUUGCGUCCAGUCAUCCUGUUGUUUAAUUAAAUGGUGAAUUCUAGGUGUGCGUGGCUCCAGGGAUGAUAGGAUGUCAUAGGGAGAAAAGCAGAUCCCAUGUUGCAAAUUUUUCCUUCAACCUUUGGAUAGUUAGAUGUAUCUGAAAUACUUUCCCCAAAAGAGUCUGAGAAGAAUUCUUCUUGUAUGCUUUAGAAGCUAAUAAAGUUUCUUCUUCGCUUAUCUCACUUGUGCCCUUCCGGGGGCUUUAUAUUAUCUCUCAAUGGUGGAUGUUCCCAUAUCUGUAAUAAAGGUGGAUUCCCCUGACUUAGGGGAGUUUAGUUAGCUUUCAUGUAUUCAAACAAUACUCAGAAAACGUGCACGCAGAAAAUACAGUUGUUUCUAACUUUUUUUUUUAUUCCCGAGAGAGAAUUUAUGGACUAAGCCAGAUCUUCAAAUUUUUAUAAAAUUACAUAACAAAUAUUAGUUUACUAUAUUAAAACAGGACUGGCAAACAAGGGCCAUAUGAGGUCUGUCAGGAAUGGAAAGAGUGUUAGCCACUAGACUACACUGCCUCCCUUUCCCUGUUCAUAUGAGAGCAAAAUAAAUGUUCCUAAGUCUCAAGGGUUUUCCUCUUACUAUAGGUUACAGUUUUUGCCUUCGGAGGAACUUCUGUCACCAAAACAAACGUGUUGAUUUCCUAGGACUGUUGAUUGCAGAACAAGAAUAUUGAAAACUUAGGUUGCACAGGGAUUCCACUCCAAGAGAUGUCGGCUAAAAAUAAAUGGAAAGGCAAUGCCGCUUUUGGAAUGAAAGGUUGAAGUGCUAUUUUGCAUAACACAAAAAAUUUACAAUUUAGGAGCUGAAAAUCCCCAAAGAGACUUUUUUAAAUUAGAUAAAAACCAUUUUUGCAGUGUCUCAAUCAAAAUGUAUCAUUGCCUGACUUCCCUGUUACUUUAUGAUUUGAUGCGAAUAGAAUUAAUUCUAUUCAAUCAAAUUCUAUUUGAUGCUAAUAGAAUUAAUUCAGCAUUUCAGUCUGAUGUAAAUGCAAAAUUUCAAUCCCAGUGUUAUUUUUAGAACUCACAUAGUCUGUAGUGAUAGAGAUGGGUGAAUGUAACCAAGUUCAAAUGCAUUUCUCUUUUUCUAAUCUAAAGUUCGUUGUGUCAUCUUUCCCUAUGUUAGCUCAUAAUUUUUCCCGUAGAAUUUUUGUGUAUGGUUUUUAAAUAUAUUUUCCCUUAGGUACAAAUGAGGAGUAAGUGAUGUUGGGCAGUUGAUUUAAAUUGAAAGUAACUGUUUUUCUAGGCACAAGUCAUACAAAGUUUUCUUAAGUAGAUUUAUUGAAAGGGACAAUAUAAAGUUACAAGGAUUUCAGCAAUUAAAUAUUUCCUAUAGGAGUUCAUUUAUCUCCUAAGACAUGCCAGAAAAUUUGGUAUCCUUUCUCCUAACACUCUGAUUCUCAGUAUUUGCAGUGCAACAAGCCAGUAAAACAUAUAAUAUAUUUAUGUGCCUUCUCAGUGAAUAAGGUAUCUCAUUGGGAUUAAGGUCAGGCAAGAAUAAACAAGUCAUUUUUCACAAUUAAAUUUUAACUUAAAUAAAACCACAGAACUAUACUAGGUUGUAAAAUAAAAUGAAUAGAAUUAUUGAAUGUCACUCAUAUAAUCAUUUUUAUAGACACAUCAGAGGUUGUGGCUAUAAUGCUACCUGCCAUACUGGCAGAGAUAACAGAGACCCAUGUUUCUAGGGAAGCUGAACUAAAUGGCCAAUAAAUAAAUAAAUGGCCAAAAUCAAGUAACAAUUAGCCAGAUGACCAAUAGUUUUACUUAUACUCUGCAGAAUUUAGAGUUUUGUUCAUUUCAGCUGUAUUAGGUGAAACGGAGACAAUACUUUGUUUUAAUCAAAAUAAAUUAUAAAUCAGGGGUGAAAUCCAGCAGGUUCUGACAGGUUCUGAAGAACCGGUAGCGGAAAUUUUGAGCAGUUUGGAGAACUGGCAAAUACCACCUCUGGCUGGUCCCAGAGUGGGGUGGGAAUGGGGAUUUUGCAAUCUCCUUCCCCUAGGAGUGGGGAGGGAAUGGGGAUUUUGCAGUAUCCUUCCCCUGCCAUGCCCACCAAGCCAUACCACGCCCCCAAGCCACGCCCACAGAACCGGUAGCAAAAAAAUUUAGAUUUCACCACUGUUAUAAAUCCUUUCUAUUGUUGACCCACUGAUGGAUUGUAAUGAUUAAAUUUAAAUCUUUGGUAAAAUAACUCUAUAUUGCAAAAAUUAUUUCAAAAAUAGCAUUCUGUGAUUUUUACAGUCAUUUAAAUAAUACAACAUUAUUUAAAUGUUUAAAUAAUGUUAUUUUAGUGUGUUAUAAAUUGUUGCAUUUUAGUGUGCAUUUCUUAAACUACAAACUUCCAUGCAAAAUUCAGAAACUUGUGUUGGUCUCAUGGAAGCACUCUUGCUUCUAAAACUUGUAAUAUGGUCACCAGAGGGCAGCAAAGUUGUAUUAAAACCUUGGGUAAUUUCCAUCAAAGUCAAAUAGAAUCUUUCUGAAUCUUAAAGACAUCAUCAACUACAAAUUCUAAAUUUCCCACCAAACACAUCCAAUAGCCUUCUGCCUGAGAAUCCUAUGAGUUGCAAUCUAAGGCAACUGGAAGACAACAGGUAAGGGAAGGCUGGCCCUGCUAUUCAGAUCAAUCGGGGAGAUCACUGAUGUAUCCUACCAGUUUAAAGAAUUGAGCUGUCAACCGUCCCACUGGCAUAUGCAGCAAAGGAAAUUCCUGGGACAUUAUUUUACCAAGGUAUAAAUUUACUGAUAGAUCCAUACAGGCACAGUAGAAAGCAA